AUGUUUCCUUCCAAAUCCAGAAAUUCUGCCUCGGCUUCUAGCUCUUCGAGUAGCAGCAACAGGUAUCCAACACUGCUGAGCAGCGCGGGUGAACGAGUCCUGCUAGCCGGUCCAUCUGCUACAUCAACCACUAAGCUGGAUCCACAGGAGCAUCGCGGCGGCUGCUCCAGAACAGCAAAUGACGUCAACAAGGUGGCGCGAAUCCCAUCCUGCAGCUGCUGCUGUAGCUGCGAUUCGUCUUUGCCGUUGGAUCAGUUACAACACCUCCUGCUAACAGAGGAAAUGUUUUUGGAGCGCGGCAGCACUUCUCCGGAGCAGCAUUCUCGCAGCUGCUGUGCGGACCAUGAUGCAACUCCAACGUGUCUAUUUGCUCCGCUCACCCUGGAUCGGAUAAAGACCCCGCCGGAGAUCCUGGCGCUUCAGAUGGAGAACCAGCACAAUAACGCGGCACCCGACGGGUUCUCCUCGACGCCGUCGUCGUCAUUGUCCUCAUCGAGUGCUCAUUUCGAGCAAGCAAAGCGGGUCGACGUGUUUUCGCUGUUGCCGAACCACUUCCAGCAUGCGCAGAGAAACCGGCAACGGCGACUGACGGACACGAACUAUUUCCAGGAGUCGGCUCGGUUCGUCCCGGGGCGGAAGAAGACCAAUCGCAACGCGUUUGAGCCCGCCAUAAUCGCGCCCAAGUCGCCCAAGGAACGCUCCGGUGCCCGCUCCGUGCGGGAGCACCACGAGCUUGCGCUCGAUUUUGCGGGCAAAAAAACGAAACCGAAACUCUACCUGCCACCGGAGGAAAAGGAGGAGCUGGAUAACAGUGUGCUUUCCCCGCGCGGAACCACGGCCCGGUUGCAGCAGAAGAUGAGCAAGCAAGAAACAUCACUGCAAACGACGAGGACCGUGUUAGAAACCACCGCGAAUAUCGACCUCGGGACGUCGACGGCGAGCGCCGCCGCGCUGACCGACACCAUGCGCCGCACGAACACCACGGCUACCGACUUAUCCACCAAGGAGCUUCGCAGCAUCAUGGACGAACUGAUCAUGCCCACGGAACGGCAGAAGUCGACCGCCCAACUGGAAAUCGACAGCGACGAGGACCAGCUGUACACUUCGGACGAGGAGUUUAACAGCUUGAAACCCAAACAGAAGGAAAAUAAACCCGGGGCCGGCCCGACUUCUCGCAACAAGAAAAUACUAAACGCGAAGAGCGGCAAGCGUCCCCGGUCCUCGUCGCCACCGGUGAGCACCACUUCCAGGACCUCGUCCCCGCCCGGCCUCCAGCAGGCCGGCCAGGUUUCCGUGCAGGCCGGCGGCAUUACCUUCAUCCAGCGGUCCGAAAACGAGCAAUUCGACGACUUCGCAGCAGAAGUUGACGAGGACGACUACGACUCGGACCUGUACAGCGAGAGCCAAGACGGGUUGUCCAGUUUGAACGCGUUUUCGCCGGAGGAACGCAUCAAGUUCCUGCAGACCAGCACCGACGAGGAGCUGUUGGAGAAGGGUGUUUUCCGGUUGCGCAAGGUCACCGUGGUCUCCGACCGCGCCACCGAGUUGCGCAGCAGAGAAGCUGUCGAAGAGGAGGGCCGGGACCGGGCGCGGAAGGGGCGGACCAAACUGAUGUCGAUCGCGGAAAACGAUACGGAGCACGAUUUACUGGUUCAGAAAAAGUACAGUGAGCCCGCGCGGGGGCACAGCCGGUCCGUGUUCGACACGUACAUAUGCAUUGCAAAAGUAACGUACUAGUAUAAAUUGCAUUACAAAUUUCCUCAGCAUGAGAAAUAAAAUCUGUAAUGCAGAUUUACCUUACCAAAGAGGAUUUGUAAUGCAUGACUGCUAUACGAGUACGAUACUUUUGCACAGGAUAGUACAUGGACGACAGCGACGAGUCGUCCGAGGACGAGUCCGCGAGCAAACCCAAGGUGAGCAAGUUCGACGGGCGGUCCUCGCAGGAGAAGCAGCGCACGCGCGUGGAGGAGAUGGCGCGGCGCGCCGAGGCGGGCGCGGGCCGCCACGGGCCGUUCCAGCUGACCAACGACGUGAGCCCGUUAUCUCGGUUUGGCAACCUCGCCGUGCCGGGGGACUUUUUGAUUCUGGAGGACGUGCCCGGGAUCGCGAAGCUCUGGUUCUCCACGCCGGACACGCGGUCCGUGGGCAACACGGACCCGAAGCUGAGCCAGUUCCGGUCGCCCUCCACCAUCGUGACCAACGCCGCUUUGUUCCCGCUCAAGGACCGGCAGUUUAACCGGCCCCCGCCCGGCGCCCGCGAAGACCUGGACGUGGAGGCCACCGAGUACACAUUAGGGCUCGACGGCGACGACGAGGUGAUUCUGGUGGACGUGCCGGACCCGGACACGAUGAACUUGGUGGUGCCCCGCGCGGUCCGGGAUCCGCACGAGUUCUCGCUGGAGGUGAACAGCAACCAGGCGCCGCGGAAGCAGAUUCUGCUGGCCCGCAUGGUGGAGGACCGGCGGCGGCUGGAGACGUCGCUGAAGCAGACCAUCGUCAUGCGCAAGGGCCAGGUGGACGCGAUCUCCAAGCUGUUCGCCCGCGACGGGCAGAAGGCCACCCGCGCCUGCGGGCCCUUCUGCUUCCCGCGGUACUCGGAGUACAAGCCGGCGCACGGCAUGGGGCUGCCGGUGGUCGAGAUGAUGCCCGUGUUCGAGGACCGCCGGAACCGGUUCUACCACGUGCGCCGCGUGCUGCGGCCGGCCCGGAUCAACAUGAUCCGGAGCGCGCAGCAGAAGGAGAUCGACCGCGUGCUGCUGGAGCAGAAGAAGGCCGCGGACCUCGCCAAGAAGGGCGGGGGGCUUUUCGGCAUGAAGAAGAACUUGCUCCGCGACAUGCUCAAAAAGGACGGCGGUCUGAUGGACCAGGUCCGGUCUAGUAUCCUGGUCGUGGACCACAAGUCGGUGCACCACAAACCCCCCUACCACCUAUGAGAGUGCACAACUCCCCCUCCCCCUCAUUUGUAUGGCAUGAACAGCAACACAAGCAACAGCAGAAAAGCAGCCUUCGCAUGACAAAUCUGCAACUGCAUGCGGAUUGUAGUACUGUUUGAAGUUCCAAACUUUGUCAUGCUAGCAGUGCUUACGAGCAAGGUGUGCGCUUGGUAUUUUGCAUGACAAAUGAGGGGGAGGGGGAGUUGUGCACUUUCAUACCACCUGCUCUACUCCCUGAAGCAGCACGCGGAGUCGUGGAAGAAGUUCGGGCUGGACUGGUGCUACGGGAUUCUCUAUCAAAUGCAAAAAUGUCUGGGUCUGGAACGAAGCAACUUGUCAUGCUAAAUCUGAAUCAUGUAAAAAUCUGUGUUGCGUGAUUACCAAAAGCUGUGUCCACUUUUGACCUAAUGGAGAGGCAGUUUCUCAUGCAGGAUAGGCAUGAUAGAACUCUCACAGAAUCUGUCAUGCUAUGUCCUACAUACCAGACCUCAUGGGUCAUGAAAAACCUGCAUGACAAGUCUGGCAUUCUUCCAGACCCAGACAUUUUUGCAGUUGAUAUUCUCAACGACCUCACCAGCGACGCGGCUCUCGGUAACUUUCUGUGGGAGGUUAAUUGGAUGGGCAUGGACCAAUCCGCUCGUAUGUUCAAGGCCAGCGUCGGAGCAGAAGCCAAGCGGCUAUCGGAGAACAAAGAACUUUUGCUCAGUACCAACUAUAGCUAUUUACUUGUGUUUUUCAUCUUUUUACGACCCAUCUUUAUUUGUGUUGGCACCAUCUACAUCAUCUACAUCUACUUGUGAACAACAGCAAAUCAGCAACAGUUUUGAUGAAUUGAUCUUUAUCACAGAUAUGUUUACGACGGUUCCCGACGGUGUGAUUCGCGAGAUGAUUAAGAAGAAACGCGAGAUGUUGUAUUAAAUGUAAAAAUGUCUGGGUCUGGAAGAUUCUAAACUUGUAAUGCUGUCUUUGGAUUCUAAAAAAAUUUGUAUUGCAUGACCAGCAAAAGGACUCCAGUCUGUGCUACGUGGAGAGGGCAUUUCUCAUGCGGUAGAGGCAUCACAAAGUCCUCUAAAAAUCUGUGAUGCUAGGGCAUGCAUCACAGACAUCCACAUCAUGGGUCAUUCAAAAUAUGCAUGACAAGCCUGGCAAUCUUCCAGACCCAGACAUUUUUACACUUGAUAUGUUGGGGAAAGAGACCAACGUCGAGAACGAGCUGCUCCAGGCGGACGUGGAGCGGAUCCGGAAAGAGAUGUUGCAAAAGCAGGGUGUGGACCCACGGAAGGCCACGGAGUCGAAGAUUAUGGAGAACCACCGGCACCACGAGACGGAACUGCGCGACAUGCCGCUGCGGCACGUGCCCCAGUACAUCUGUGCGGUCCGCGACAUUUCGCAGGCCUGCGAGAUCCGGCAGGCGUACCCGCCUUCGCACCCCCGCUACGCGAACAUCAGCCGCCUCUACUGCGUGGGGUGCCGAAAAAUCAUCCUCCGGCUCGGGGAGCGCACGACCUUCUUCUACUGCCACAAGUGCAUGGAGCGCGGGAGCCAGCCGUACUGCCUGUGCAGUAACUGCAACGACCAGUUCCGCAUGAGUCUCAUGGCCUACAAGCUCUUGGAGGACACCGCCGAGGCCGAGAAGGAGCGCAUGGCCGCGGACCUGCUGGCGAGCAUGGAGCAAGACGACGAAGAUUCGAACGCCAAGAAGGCCACUGCUGCACUCUUUGGGAGUUAGCGACCUGUCUAGCAAAAUAAAUAUAAAUCAGCACAGUUCUACUUCGGAAUAAGAAUCACGUUCAUCGGACCGUGACGACCAAACAGACUAAGUAUCAAAAGCCAGAAAUCAGUCACUGACGAAGACAGGUGCACAACUAGAAGAACGUGCUGAGGGGCCCAGAUGUUGACCGUUGCUAAAGCACUGUUCGCAUUUUUCUUCGGCUCGUCUCUCCGUCAGUCUCGUCCUUCCGACCGCUAUACAAAAAUGCUGCCGUUAGUCAUUUUGAUUUUUCCACAAAGAAAAAUGUAGUCGGGCACGGGUAGGGUUUCUUGGCGCCGUCCCACUACCUCCGAAAGAGGUGCUUUUGAAUA